AUGAGACCAGAACUUCCUGGGUUUUAUUACGACGAGGAGAAGAAGAAAUAUUUCGCCAUCAAAGGUCCUAUCCCUGGUUCGAAACCUUCUUCUUCCUCAAGAACGAAACAAAAUCCCGAGCCAAAGCCUUUCCAGGAACCUAAUUAUCAGAAGAGAAACAAACUAAAAGCAUUGAAGCUACUUUAUUCCCGAGAGCUAAGUGGCUGUGUUAUUCCUGUCAAUAAGAAGAAAUGCAACUUCAAGGAGGAGAUCGAAAAGACACAAGCCUCUAAUCCUGUGGCAUGGAGAUACGAAUCAACGGAAAACAUAGGCGAUGCUGCUUUGAAACAGUUGGAGAUUGAUAUACAAACAUCUCAAGGCCUGGUCAGGAAAAGCAUCCUAGUAGCAGGCAGUACUGGAGGCUGCUUGAGCAUAUUGAGAGUUUUCAGAGCUGGACAAGUACUCGUUGAUGAGCCUGAAACUCAAGCUAUAAAUGGCGGAAUCGAGUGCGAUGCAGUUUCUGUUCUUCCUCGCAAGGCAAACGAUGCAGAAGAAAGGGAAGCACCUAGGGUAAUAUGGAGACCUGCACGCUCUCAUUUACAGGCGCUAUCUAGUAUAUCGUCUAUUCAGUUGAUUAGAAGAUAUGAUGCAUCUGAAGAUUCCCACUGCGUCAAGCGAGCAUUGAUAACUACACUGGGAUCAACUGGACGUGGGUCGAUCUUUCUCUUAAAUCUUGCUGAGGAACCGUACAUACUCACUCUGCGAAGCCUCCAAGGGAAUGUUUCCUCUGAGUGUACCAUUUGGACAGCUGAUUGCAAUAUAAGUGGGAGUCAUGCAGCUAUUGGGUCCGACCUUGGAGCCGCUUUGGUUGAUUUGGAAACAGGAGCAGGUUCAUACUUUCUCCGAAGCAAAAGCGAUGUGCUUGCGCUACAGUUUCAUCAAUCGGGAAACAUUGUUCAAUGCGGGCUUAGAAAUGGAGCCAUUGUGUCCGUUGAUCUACGUGAGAGACCAGGGAGACCGACUCCAACGCUCACUAAACACCAUCUACGAAAUCCAUCAUCGAGUAAAACCAGUCAAAAUACUUUGAAAAAGGAAUGGUUUGAGCUGAAAGGAAACAUAAAUCCGUCUCGUGUAAUCUAUAUGCCUUCAUCUCUUACAUGCCUGAAGACACUGAAAACUUAUGAUCAGUACUUAAUGGCAAGCUCCAUGGAUGGAACGAUCAAGCUAUACGAUCAACGGAUGGUUAAGAGAGGGGUUGCUGUACAGACAUAUGAAGGACAUGUAAAUUCUCAUACUCGCAUCGAAUUUGGCAUUGACCCGUCAGAAAGAUUUCUUAUGUCAGGCGGAGAUGACUGCUAUACUCGCAUUUGGAGUAUCAAAUCUGGUCAACUUCUGUCUGAAAAUAAAUUCUCCAACACUGUCCCGUCGGUUGUGUUGUGGUCUGAUGUUGAAAGGAAAACAGACUGGAACGAUAGCAUUGUUCACGGGGCAUGGCUUGGAUCACGCGAAGCAAUAUUCAGCAUGUUUUAA